AUGUUACAGUACUUCCUUGCGCCAACGCGUGACACACCACCAGAGACGUUCAUAAGGCUAGGCAACAUCAUCGAACAACCACGCUUCGCAGACCGACCACUCAAUCGACACCCCCUUCCACCCGGGGAAAUCAUCGUUGGUCCUGAAACGAGAAACCAUGUAUUCGAAUUCGACAACAUAAAAACCUACACCAUCGGCAUCUGGACCUCUUUCCUUAUGCAAAUCCUUGGCAUCGGCGGAGACAUCAACACUCAGAUCGCCAAGGGAACAGCGGAAACUUGGGACUGCGAAAGGAUCGAGACUGUGUCUUUCAAACCUACCACCGAGUACAUCAAGCAAAGUCUUGAUUCUACAAAUGUCAAACGAUACAUCCAGGAUAACAAGAAUUGGCUAUGGGAUACAAAGCUUUACAUGAUCACGGGGAUAAAGAUCGCAUACGGGGCCAGGGGGACGAUCAGGCAUGCGCGGAGCAAAGGCAUACAUCUACAUCUCGGUGUUGAUGCGACGUUGGGCUUUACGCUGGUUCAAGCUGGUCCGGAUAUAGGUGUUGAAAAGGGUCGGAACGUGACACAGGACAUUGGCGAUAAAGAUCCGUUUGUGCUUGCGUUUCGCAUGCAGAGGAUUAAAGUAUCAAGCAAAGGGCAGGUCAGACAUGAACGCGUUGAUGGCGGUAUGCUGAGCGUUGACGACGUUGAUGAUGAGGAUGAAGAAGAGCGAGUGGAGCUUAUGGUUGAUGGACUGGACAGUGCGGACGCGGAUGCCGAGGAGUUUGAUAUUCGGACCUCGUGGACGGUGGGUGAUGAGGGAGCUGAGGAUAUCAGUUGCGCUCUAGUAGAAGACGAUUGA